AUGGCGUCUUCAAAUUCGCUCAUGGACAGCUUGUUCCAGCGAAGCCUCGAGGAUCUCAUCAAAGGUAUACGUCUCCAGCUACACGGAGAUUCCUCUUUCAUAUCUAAAUCCCUAGACGAAAUCUGCCGCGAGAUCAAAUCGACGGAUCUCUCCACGAAAUCCAUCAUCUCAGAAGCAUCAGGAGUUACGCUACUCAGGAAAAAAUACUUUGUCGAUUUCUUCGGAGAAGAGUUCACCGUCGCCGUGACGUCGGAUUCUUCCGUCAUCGGCCACGACGUACUCUUUCACAACCGCUUCUCCUCUCACCCUCUCGUCGUUGGCGUCGGCGUUCAGUGGACACCACCUGGUUAUUACUCCGACUUCGAUUCUUCAUUAUGUGGUUACUACGAUCCUCCGGCGGAUACUCUUCAGCUUUGCGUUGGUAAUCGAUGUAUUAUCAUCCAGCUCUCUCAUUGUAAUCGAUUAACCGUAGAGACAUGGUUUAGGUUUUAA